AUGUGUUCUGUGUCGCCGAAGUAUCACCAUCGCCAGCAAGAUCACCUUCCGCGGAAGAUGCCCUACGAUAACAUGAAGCAACUCCUUUCCAAACCCGCCGUUAUCCCGACUUUAGCCGGCCCGAGCGAAUCCGGAGGCUAUUCGCCUAGUGCACAAAGGGAGGGAGGUGCUGACAUCUCAACCCAACCGAAACGAAGAACAGUCAGCGAAGAAACAACUUCACGUGCUCUGGGUUCGUUGAAGUCGUUAGGAAGAGGACAUCAUUCUGUCUCUGACACUGGUGGAAUGCGUUACUCAAAUUGGGUUCCUCCUUGGAAUGUGGACGCUGAAAGCUCGACAGAAGGUUUGACCUCUCCGAAACGUCUCGGGUUCUUCAGUCGAUCGCCGUCAUUGACAAGGAAGUAUGUAUCGGAUGGCGAGAACGUCAGCUCGGGCAACGGAAAGGGAAAGGAGAAGGAUAAGAAGUAUCGUGGUGUUCUUCGACGCAAACCCUCCCUCAAUCGUCCUACCUCUCCAAUAUCCUCCGACUUUAAACCGCCGAUAUUUGCAUCAGGCUUGGCUUCCCUGUCAUCCCCGUUUUCUUCUUCAUUUUUGUCCCCAUCAUCGGCAAAUCCUACUUCGCCGCAUUCGUUUUCACACUCUCAAAUUAGCACCCUCCGACCACCCAACAGAAGCUCGAAAUCCAAUUCCUUUUCACCGUCUCCCUCACGAGGUAGCUCACGAAACUCCUCAAGAAGUCGUGUUAGCACACAGGAGGGCAAGCACAGUUCUGUGAAUAUGACGCCGGCGGAAGAAGUCAUGUUGGCUUAUAAAAACCAGAUGGAAAUUGAAAGGUCAAUUGAAAGAAGCUUUGAGGAAGCGGAAAGGAAAGCAAUAGAGGCUCGCCGGUUGAGCGAUGAAAAAGAAAUGGCGAGAGAAGAGUUGGAGCGUGGUAGAGAACAGAUAAGAAUGGUGCAAGGUGGAAUUGUCACCCCUAUCCAACCAUCGCACGGACGAUCACCGGCAUCGCUGGUCCCAGAAAUUACUCCUCCAACCCCUUAUUACACCGUUGUUGGUUCAACCUUUGGGCGUGCGGUGCCUGCCGGCGGCGAAGACGAGGGGGAAGAGCACGGCUCGUCGGGACCUGCAGUUGGCGGUCUGUCUCAAGCCAGUUAUUCCAAAGGACGACAUCGGACUGCGAGCGUUAGUGUUGGAGCCUCAAAACCUUCAAAAGACCCUCAUGGGUUUGGGAAGACCUUGGGUCGGAAACUGAGUCUGAAAUGGAAUGGACUGAAAGGUAGCAAACACGAAAGCUUUGACCCAGAGUUUGGUGGACACCCCAGUCUGCAUGAAAAACGGUUUUCGGGACGCCGAGCAACUUCACCUGCAACCCCUGAUAAAGGUGCCUAUACUGCUCUUCGGCUGUCGAUCGAGAGGCCUUACGCAACGACACCUCGAGUUCCUUCACAUCGACCUGGUGGUGAAAGUGUAGAUGCGGCGGGAUCACCGAAGCUCCAUUCAGCCUCGCCUCCUGGCCCGCCGUCGACGUCUACAUCUAGCCCUGGUAGUACUGGGAGUCCAGAGAGCAAGGUCGGGUUCCGGAGCAUAAUAAGACGUCUCUCUACGGGUGCCCUACGAGACCAGAAUCAAAACCGUUCGAAAAACUUCGCCAGAUCCGACCCUAAUACUUGCCCACCUCCAGUGCCUGCCUUGCCUCAAGGAGUAGUUUCGAUGAUAAAGACAGGAUCCGCAUCUAAACCAACCGUGGCUAAUGUUCCCGGAAAUCCGAUUCGUAAAGUGCGGGAUCGGAGAGCAAACUCUGAUAAUAGUGCUUACCGUCGCCCUCAGACGAGCACUGGUACUCCUCAGACUGUGCUACCCAUUUCGUCUGGAUCUAGCACGACAACAUCGAACAGACCUAGCACGGCCACUCGCUCUUCCUCUCCAGAAAGAUACUCUGGUUCUCCUCGGAGUACGAGAAGCUCGACAAGUUCGUACGGGAGGGAAGCUCCUCCGCUCCCUACUUCUCCGAACAUCAAGGCUGAUUUACCACGAUACAUUCUCUCUCCCGCUGAACUAACAGCACUCCAAAAUCAUGAGAGCAACUCUACCAUUCUCGAAGGGGGAAAAAAGCUCCCGAUUCCUCCCUAUCAACGACGUCUCCAGACUCCCCAAACUGAGGAUCUUGGUUCCCCGUCCCCUACUAUACCCGAAUUCUCAACAGUUUCACCGAUCAAUGCAUUCAAGAAAUCCACUCCAGGAAGGCCAGCCACAAGUGCCGGUGUUGUAAGAGCCCUGGCUCCCCCAUUCUCCAUGCGUAACUCACAACGCCCCACCACUGCCUCUGAUUCUCCAACUUCACCGCUCUCUCGUACUACCCCUCUCGUUCCCAUCUACAGCGGAUACGUGCGGAAUGAUGAUGGACGACAUCCAUCGCCGAAGGACAUUCCACUGCCUCCUAGUCGCAAAUCUACAUCUUCCAUCAUUCCGAAACCUUCUUCACCUCAUGAAGGUCGAAUAAGUACUGAAGAGAUAUGGGAGGGUCUAUUACAGAAGAGCGCCCGAGCAGGAGGAACGUUGCACAUUUAUACAGAUCGACUCGAAUCCGAUAAUCUUAGGUUUUCGGUCACCGAUAGCGAUUAA